UGAUUGGUUCGUCUUACCUCGAGCUCAACCUGAAGCCUAAGAACGCCAGCCAUUCUGUGUGAUUUACUUGCAAUGAUUGAUGCAUCCGUUUAUACCACAUCCCUGCUGAGCCGUUGACUACAUCACACGGCUGUCAUGGUUAUUUCAGUGGACGCCUCCAGAAAUAUUUUUCUCCUCUAAAUUCGGUUUGCACGCGCACGUCCCCUCUCACCGCGUGCGCUGCCUCGCGACCAGCGAGCGAGAGACGCGGCGCUUCCUCCCCGGUCGAACGGCGGCAGGAGGAUGGCACUGUGCUGGACGGCGUAUUUGUCCUCGGUGGUUUAUUAAGAUUUUAAUUAGCCGGUAACACACGUUUGACGUUUACGACAGACCGGCUUGGGAGCGACGCUAAACACACCGCUCCGAUUAUGGAAAAGGAGUGCAGGUUUGAGGACCUCUGAUCAUAUAGGCUUGCCUGGUGGCCAAUCAGGCAACAGCCAGGCUCACUAAGGAGGGAGACAUACAGUGAGACUGGGAGACGUUUUUUUUUUUUGAGCACACCAGCACUGCUUUACCCACCUCACGUCAACCUCAGCGUCAUGUCUAUCCCCAGCGGCAGCCCGGAAAGAGAGAGCUCUGGUGGGGCUCCCCCUCAGCUGGAGUGCCCUUCCUCCCCACCUGGCAUGGAUCCAGAUCCCUCAUCGAAUGGCAGCCCUGUGCUCAGCCCAGACUCCUCUUCCCACGAUGCAGUGCUGUCAGCACCUGCAGCCUCCCCAGCAGACUCCGAGAACUUGAGUCCUGAUGAAUUAGAGCUGCUAGCCAAACUGGAGGAGCAGAACAGGUUGCUGGAGGCUGAUUCCAAGUCCAUGCGGUCAAUGAGUGGCUCGCGACGCAACAGUGGCUCCUCGCUGGUCUCCAGCUCCUCGGCCUCCUCAAACCUGUCGCACCUGGAGGAAGACACGUGGAUCUUAUGGGGCCGCAUCGUCAACGAAUGGGAGGAGUGGAGACGCAAGAAGGACAAACUCCUGAAGGAGUUGAUCAGAAAGGGCAUUCCUCAUCAUUUCCGGGCCAUCGUGUGGCAGCUUCUGGGCAACGCCACAGACAUGCCGGUGAAGAACCAGUACUCUGAACUGCUGAAGAUGUCCUCCCCCUGUGAGAAGCUAAUCCGCAGAGAUAUCGCCCGCACCUACCCUGAGCACGAGUUCUUCAAAGGCCAGGACAGCCUCGGACAGGAGGUCCUCUUCAAUGUCAUGAAGGCGUACUCUCUGGUGGAUCGAGAGGUGGGCUACUGCCAGGGCAGCGCAUUCAUUGUUGGAUUGCUUCUAAUGCAGAUGCCAGAGGAGGAGGCCUUUUGUGUUUUUGUUCGUCUGAUGCAGGAGUAUCGCCUGAGGGAGCUCUUCAAGCCCAGCAUGGCAGAGCUCGGUCUCUGCAUCUACCAGUUUGAAUAUCUGCUACAGGAGCAGCUUCCAGAGCUGAAUGUCCAUUUCCGGUCCCAGAGUUUCCACACUUCCAUGUAUGCCUCAUCCUGGUUCCUCACGCUUUUUCUCACCUUUCUCCCUCUUCCUGUCGCCACACGCAUCUUUGAUAUUUUCAUGUAUGAGGGCCUAGAGAUUAUCUUCCGUGUAGGCCUGGCAAUCCUGCAGUACAACCAGACUGACCUCAUUCAGCUGGACAUGGAGGGCAUGUCACAGCAUUUCCAGAAGGUGAUCCCCCACCAGUUUGACAGCUGCCCAGACAAGCUGAUCCUCAGGGCCUACCAGGUCAAAUACAACCCCAAGAGGAUGAAGAAGUAAGAACGCUCGUUAGAGAGUGCUGCUCUUGCAGACAGACUGAUACAGGGUCAGGUGACUAGGGCGCAGGAAGCAGAGGAGAACUAUGUGAUCAAGCGAGAGCUGGCGGUGGUGAGGCAGCAGUGCACCACAGCUAGCGAGAACCUUGAGAAAGCACAGGACACCAUCCGAGAGCUACAACAACAGAGGUACACAGAGCAGUUUGUGAGCAAUCUGCAGACCGAGCUGGAGCAGUCGAGGCUCCGCGAGGCCGAACUACUUGGAGCUCUGAAGGAAAUGCAAGACAAGGUGCUCGAUCUGGAAAAGAGGAGCAGUUGCCUGCCAGAUGAGAACAACUUGGCGACCCUGCAGGAAGAAGUGAAGCAAAUGAAGCUGAGGGAGCUGGAGACGCUGCGCUCAUUCAGGGAGAUGCAGGAGGCUGUCACUGAGCUGAACCAGCGCUGGCAGCAUCAUAUGUCCCGUAGCAGCAGCACUGGUGGUGGGGGCGGGCACUGGAAGGAAUCGCCGAAGAAGAACGCCAUGAAUGAGCUGCAGGACAAACUGAUGACGGUUAGGCUGAGGGAGGCUCAAGCCCAGGCGGAGCUCCGAGAGGUUAAACUUAAAGCCCUGCAGCUGGAGAGUCAGAGUAAAGAGGAGGUGAUGGCAGUGCGACUGAGGGAAGCUGACAGUAUGGCUGCGAUGGCUGAACUCAGGCAGAAGAUCGCUGAACUUGAGAUUCAGAAGGAGGAAGGGCUGAUCCAGGGCCAGCUGAACCACUCUGACUCCAGACAGUACAUCAACCAGCUCCGGGACCAGAUUGCCGAGCUCAAGAACGAGAUCAGGCAGCUGCGAGGACAGAAGGUGACCCCCAGCUCCAGGGUCACCAGUGGAGGGGGAAGUACCAACUACCAGGAUCUCUGCCUGGCCAGCCCCGCCUCCGCUGAGGGGGACUUCCUCAGCUCAGAUGAGGACCUCCUUCCCAGCCCACUGCCGGCCACCGCCCUUUACCCCAGUCUUUCUGGCCAAUGUCACCCGUCUCCACGCCUCGACAGCGAGGGCAGCACGGACAGCGAGGCAGAAGAGCGGGUGCAGACGCAUCCGGACCCACAGCAGCUUUAUGGCAGCAUUGUGUGCGCCGAGGCACUGGAUAACUGAGACCUCGGGAGGGUGCUGAGAUCCCCUAUGAUCUGAAGAGACGCUGGAACUGGGAUUGUAGUAUCCAGUCAAGUCCUCCUCCUCGGCCUCUCCAGUCUUUAUCUUUUACUUGAUGCAGACAUAGUGGCAUUGAUUGGACCUGUGCUGAUCAUCACUACCUGUUGUCUCUGCUCCUCGUUACUGUCUCCAACACCUGUUUCCCACACUGUCGCUCCCUGGCAAAGAGCUUACGUACAGCCUCCCUCCUCAUCCCCACUUGUAACUGUGCCACAGACUGUCAAAAUACACAUCUAUCAAAAACAUGAACAAAUCACAUACGAACAAAAUGUACCGCUCGCUGCUCAAAAUCUACCACUGGACCUGAAUCUGUGACUGUGGCCACGAGUGAAAGACGAGUACACACAGAAGGAAAAUCCUUCCUCCCUCUAAGCUGAGUAAGACAUAUGACGCACUGUAUACUCUGGCCACCCCUAUACGACUCUUCUCCCUGAUUAGUUCAGAGUUAAAUACAUCCUUAUCCUCCCCUUUCGCCCUCAUCCAUCUUCACUGCCUUUAAAAGAAACUUCUAGCCGCCACCUGUUCAUCUCUGUGUUUUAAAAAGAAAAAAAAAAGGAAAAAGAAAUUUAAGUGGUGAUGAUUAUACGAAGAAGUGGUCCGGAGCAGGAAUACGCACACAUCUGUAUCAAACUCUACAGGCAUAUCACGUAAAGGCAUUCCUAAAUGAACCCUUAGCAUACUGAGUACUUGUGCUGCCUGUGUGUGGCCUGCAGAAGGCAAGUGAGUUACACGCACAACCGUUCACAGCAACCCACAAAAAGGCAGAAACUCAGUGUUGCCAAAUCUUUUUGUUUGGUUUUUUUAUGUGUUGUAAUUUAUUUUGAUAUUGUUUUUUUUUAUAUAUCUAUAUGAAACUUGUAGGAGUGUAGACAUACUGAAAGAGGCCAAACUUUCUACAACGUCCUUUGUGCCAACUAGAGUCAUCUGUCACGGGCUCACUGUGACACACGCCGAGUGCUUCAGAGACAGAAAAUGUGCUGCUAUGAUUUGACUUAUUUCCUCCAUUAUUGUAUUUUUUUGUUCUGUUAUUUUAUUUUAUUUUUGUCAGUCUUGUGAGGCUACCAUCCAACCUCAAGAUUAACUCUAUAUCGAUGUAGAUUACUACUUGGAGUAAUGUCUAAAAAACUGAAUGGUUUAACUUUCUCCCAGAAGCUUUUCAGCUUUUAGCACCAGACUCUGUUGGGAGUACUUCAACAUAUUGGCAAAUGCCUUUAUUCCCUGUCAGACUGAGACCGAGAUGAGACCACUCUGAUAUCUGUGUAAAGCUACAACUUGGAUGGAGUUGGCUGAUUUCAUGCACAGCUUUGUUUUUACACUUUUUUUGUAUGGAUUCAAGUAAGACUGCGUAGAGUUUGACGGACACGUUAUAUUUGCUAUUAUGGACUAGUUAUCAGCAACUCGGCAUACUAAACCAAGUAGCUAAGGCUGUAGCUGCUAAUAAACUUUUGAGAGUGCUGAAAGUCAGACUUCUUUAUAUUUGGACAGCCCUGAGCUUAUGCUGUGCUAACCAGUUUCCAUUACUUAGCCUUCAUAUUCAAGACAGAAAUGAGAGUGAUCAAAUGAUUCCAGGAAACAAAGUAGAUAAACCCAAGUAAUCUGGCUCUUAUCGCUUUCUGACAGCUAAAAGUGUGGGCCAAUGACUGCAGAGGGUUGUUUCCUCGGCAAAGGUCAGUGUCUUCACGACAGGAGAGAGCAUGGGUAGAAAAACGUUUAACAUAUCAAACAAUAUAUUCUAUUUAAAAAAAAAAAAGGCUGUAAAAUGAAUGGAAACAUAUGAAAUAUACUGUGUGACAGGAACAUAUAGAUGAUAUUUAAAGCUGUACUGGAGUGUGUAUAGUUUAUCAAACAGGGUGUUAUAUCUACAGAGCAGUGAUCUUUGCUUUUUGCACUACAGAGAAAGACACGCCCAGCUUUGUGGUGCUGAGCCGUGAGAGCUGGUGUGGAUUCGUGGAGUCGUGGUGGGAUCAUUUUUCAACAUGUGCAUUUCUUCAGAGGGACCUUAAAGAUAGUCUUUGUCUCUAAAUCCUUUAGAGGCUUUCUGCUUCAUAACAAAGCAUAUUUUAUGUAAUGCAAAUCUAAAAAGAGCAGAGCGUUAUUGCCAUCCUCUCAGAAAUUAUGUAAUUGGAUCUUCCAGUAAUGGCCUUCAAAGAACUAAAGAGGAUGUCAGUUUGCCCACCAUACUGUUGCAAGUAACAGCUUUUUAGUGGUCACUGAUGGUUGUGGCAACUGAAAUCUCUACCCUGGAAUCACUGCAAAGAUAUUGUCAAACCAAAAUGACCGUUGUACAAGCGUUUCAGUUUUACAAAUUUGCAUCUGCUCUGUUUAGUAUGAGAGUUGGACCCUUGUGUGUGGCCUGCAGAAGGCAAGUGAGUUACAUGACAUGAUAUUUUGCAUCAUGUCAGACUAAAUUUCAUGCAGAAGGUCAUAAUCAUCACGAUUUCUGGAUAUAUCGGGCCCCCUCUAUAGGGAUGCUUUGAUUUCAGUGCAUUUAUGUAAUGCAAUUAGCCCUUUUUUCAUUAUGGAAGACAUAAAAGGCCGUGCUGUAAAUGGGAAAAGAAACUCGAUCUAUUAGAGGCUUAAAAUGCGAGCAACCAUGAAUAAUUAGAUUUAUCAAGAAUCACACAGAGGCUAUAAUUUUCUCAAAUAAAUGCACAGAAUACCCUCAUUUUUAUGACUGCUUUUCAUAGUUUGAGGUUUAAACUGCACUCUUUUAAUACAUUAUCUUACUGCACAUUCAGGAGCAGUGUAAUAAUAUAAUUAGCUCCUAAAAAUAUUGGCUGAAAAUUAUCAUCAAUUUCCCUUUUUAUUGACGAUUUUCUGGACAUUUUGUGUCAAGUUUGCACCAUAUUUUGAGGAAAAUCUGUCUAUUUACUUUCUUCUUCAUUAAUGCAUUAAACAUACUUCAAACUAAACUUAAACCUAACCUACCACUAUUAAAACCUUUACAGUUUGUAUUCCAGUCCAAAAGAACCCCAAGAAGAAAACACAUCAACUAAUUGAAGAAAGCUUGAAUUCAGGAACUUUCCAUAAUUAACCAAAAAUAUGGAUCAGUAAAUUAGGGUCCCUCAACACAUCUGUAAACAGCUGUUCAGUAACGGUGCUUCUGUUCUCACUUCUGUCUGAAUUCAGCUCUUACCUACUGUGAUGAAGCAUUUUGAUAUGUUUGUAAAUCAGUUUUGAAUACGGUACUAGCCUUCAUCCUUCAUGUUGGUUUUUUAGAAUUCCCAUCCGUACUUUGGCUCGUCCCGCUAACAGCGAUACACAUGAUGAUGGCGAUUAAAUGUCACGAUGUGCCAUAAAACUAGAGAGAUUUACACACUUUGUUGCUUUACGUCAUACUGUGUUACUCCAGAUUCAUCAUCUUAAAACUGGAACAUCCGCCACAUGUUUUCCCUGAUUUGAAGCAGAAAAAGAAAUAAGAGGAGAAGAUUUUUCUCUUGUCAGAUGGUGUCAGUCUGGCCUAGAGUUUCUCUGAUUUAUGUACUGUAUGUGGCGACUGUUUUGAGAUCCACAGCCGCAUCAUUCAUCAUCCAUCCUCUCUUUCUCUCUCUCUCUUGCAGUUCAGCUGAUGUUGUCAA